AUGAAACAUAACGUCGUUAUCGCGAUUCUUAUCGUUCUACUUGCUGUGCUGUCUGUCAGUGCUCAGACAACGGCUGCAGCAUCAUCAGCAACAACAACGACAACAGCGUCGACAACAGCCACCGCAGCACCUGACCCAAUUGCUCAAUGCAUUGAACAACGGCAAUGCGGAACUGAUCAAAAAUGCCGCGCUGAAUGUGCCGGCGUUCCUGAUCCUACAGAUUCCCAAGCCAACGCAACAAAUUACUGUGUUCAGAUGUGUAAUAGUACUUCAACGGACGCUCAAGCCUACAAAGCCUGCCAAGACAAAUGCAUCGCCGAUAAUUAUUUCACUUCCACUACCUAUGGACCAACUAGUACUACCCCCGCUGGUACAGUUGUACCAACAGGUGCAAGUGCAUCUAACACUGCGGCAGGCUCGACUGCUAGCAGCACUCCUUCGUCCGCACUUUCAUCCUAUAGAAUGGAAUCAUUUGGAAUUAACCUGUUUUCUGUUCUAAUUUUAUGGAUUUGCUUUGCUGCGGGAGCCUGGAGCUUUUGA